AUGGUCCUCACCGCAGACGAAGACGCCCAGCAUCUGAUCGCCUUGGGCCGCACGCUCACCGACAACAUCUCGACGUACCUCGAGAGUCUCGGCAGCAGCGGUCUUCCCCCGCCCAGCUUCAGACCGGGGACGGCUACAGCUGUCCCCACAGAGUCGGUGGGGUUCAAUGCGCACCGAGCCAUCAUCGAUGCCGCAGAACGCAUCAUCGCCCUCACCACCGGACCAGCAGGGUUGUAUGACAUAUCCCGCCAGUCCUUCGAGGUGACGGCGAUCAACAUAGCCGUGGACCUAAACCUACCUUUGGUCCUCCCGCUGGCGCAGCCCAUGAGCGCGCAGCAGCUUGCGGUAAUUACUGGAGCCGAUGAAACUAUUAUCGUACGCAUCAUGCGCGCUCUGACCCCACUAUUCAUCUUCGAGGAGAUCUCCCCGCAGACGUAUCGACAUACCGCACGAUCGGCAAGUAUGCGGGACAGCGGCGUCAAGGCGCUGAUGAUGUUUGGUGGGACCGAGUGUAUGCGUGCGGCUGCUCACCUCCCAGAGGCCUUGAAGGAUGCUGGGUAUCAGAAUAUGACUGAGCCAACCAAGACUGCGUUCGGUCGUGCUUAUGGGACCAACUUGGGGUUCUUCGACUAUCUCAAUAAGCAUCCUGAAAUGGGUGUGCGCUUCGGCGAUGCCAUGGCGGGAACCGUCAAGCUGUCGUACGAAGUCGGCUGCAUCGCAGACAUUUUCCCCUUCGAGCGCCUUGCCCAGCACGGCGGUAAGAUCGUGGAUGUCGGGGGCGGCAAAGGCCACGUGAUGAUCUCGAUCGGUCGGCGGUAUCCGCGGGCAGACCUCCGGUUCAUCGUGCAGGACUUUGCCAGUGCGGUCGAUACCGGCCGGGAGGAAUGUCCCGCCGACCUCUCCCACAAGUUCGAGUGGGCCGCACUCGACUUUCUGGCGGGAGAGCAGCCGGUCAAGCGUGCAGCUGCGUACUUCCUACGGCAUAUCCUCCACGACUGGAGUGAUCGCUACUGCGCGAGGAUCCUGAAGCCUAUCGUGGCGGCAAUGGAGCCGAGCGUGUCGAGGUUGCUGGUGACAGAUAUGAUCGUGCCAGAGAUGAACGCACCAAAGACGCUGGCACAUCGCGAUCUGCUGAUGAUGGCGCAUCUGGCUGGGGCGGAGAGGACCGCGGCGCAGUAUGUCCGAAUUCUCAAGGAAGUGGACCCCGCGAUCGAGCUGGUGAAGAUCUGGGCACUGUCGCCCAGUCUGCCUGGUUGCGGGGCGAGGGUUAUGGAGUUUGUACUGUGGUUGUAG